GUUCCUGUUCUGGUUCAAGAAUCAUAACCAGCGAAGUGCUAUCUGGUUGAUGGAAGACCAAGUUAGUAGCAAACACACCACCAAUGCUGCUGCUUACGUGGACACCUCUAAGGCGGAGAGAGCAGUGUGGCUGAUGAAGUGUCCUCCCCUCGUCUCUCGCUCCCUCCGCGCCCCUCCCUCUCGCCCCGUCGCCAAGGUCGUUGUUUCCAUCGACCCCCUCAACUCCAACGACGAUGAUUCUCCUCCUCAGUUUACAAUGGAGUUGGCUGGAACUGAAGCUGGACAUAUACCCAAAUGCUAUGUUAUGGAUAUGUCUAAAGACUUCAUUCCGAUGUCUGUGUUUUCAGACACACCACAAGGAAAGAUCUCUGUGGAGGGAAAAAUACUAAACAAGUUUGACAUGAGGCCCCAUAAUCAAAACCUUGAACUCUAUGCAAAGCUCUGCCGUGAAAGGACAAACAAGUAUAUGGUCAAAAGUAGACAGAUACAGGUUAUUGACAACGAUACUGGGGCACAUAUGAGGCCAAUGCCUGGGAUGAUCAGUUUUUCGACUUCUGGACCCAGUCAGGAAAAGAAGAAAACUCCUGCCAAAGCAACAGAUACAAAGAGAACAAGAAGAGACCGUGGAGAGAUGGAAGAGAUUGUGUUUAAGCUAUUUGAACGGCAGCCAAAUUGGAGUUUAAGAAAUCUCAUACAAGAAACGGACCAACCUGAACAAUUUCUGAAAGAUAUACUAAAAGAUCUUUGUGUCUACAACAACAAAGGAACUAAUCAAGGCACAUAUGAACUGAAGCCUGAAUACAGAAAAUCUGGCGACUAAGCAACCUCCAAAUAGGUUUUAUUUGUUCUGAUCCAUUUGUCAACAUUCUUCAAAUGAUAUAUAGCUUACUCUUUUCAGUUUUUUCAUUUAAGUUCAAGUUGCAAAAUGCAUCCUGUUAGAGCCUUGUCAGUUCCUUCUGCACAUUGUUUUGAAGGUUUUGCUACAUCAUUAUUUACUUAUUUUGUUCCUAAGUUAAAAAGAAGAACUAGAGCCAUUUUGGAAAACUUUACACUGUCAA